CACGUCAGCCCGGAGCGCGCGAUGGGGCAGGCGGCGGCGGCUCUCGCGGCCGAGGUGGGCGUGCGGCUCGCGCUGUUCGCGGCUUUCCUGGUGACGGAGCUGCUCCCGCCCUUCCAGAGGCUCAUCCAGCCCGAGGAGAUGUGGCUUUACCGGAAUCCGUACGUGGAGGCAGAGUAUUUCCCCACCAAGCCGAUGUUUGUCAUCGCCUUCCUGGCCCCGCUGGCUCCCGUCCUCCUGGCCAGGUGUCUCAAGAAGGCGGAUGCGGCCGACAGCCGGCAGGCCUGCCUGGCUGCCAGCCUGGCCCUGGCUCUGAACGGCGUCUUCACCAACACAAUCAAACUGAUAGUGGGGAGGCCACGCCCAGACUUCUUCUACCGCUGCUUCCCUGACGGGCAGGCCCAUCACGACUUGAUGUGCACAGGAGAUAAGGACGUGGUGAACGAGGGCCGCAAGAGCUUCCCCAGUGGACAUUCUUCCUUUGCAUUUGCUGGUCUGGCCUUCGCGUCCUUCUACCUGGCAGGGAAGUUACACUGCUUCACACCACAAGGCCGAGGGAAAUCUUGGAGGUUCUGUUCCUUUCUGUCGCCCCUACUCUUUGCAGCUGUGAUUGCACUGUCCCGCACCUGUGACUACAAGCACCACUGGCAAGAUGUCCUGGCUGGAUCCGCCAUUGGCCUGACGUUCGCCUACGUCUGCUACAGGCAGUACUACCCUCCCCUGACGGACACCGAGUGCCACAGACCACUGCAGCGCAACCCUGCUCUUCCUGCUGUGCAGAAGCAGCCCGGCAGCCCUUGUCAUUUUGAUAUUUAGACACUGGAGCUGCCUCCCUGGAGAACAGGUGAAUCAGCCCCUCCUAACUCACCACACCCAGGACAAGAAUUUCUGACCUUUAGCCUCCUGAGAGGUACAGGUGAGGACAGAAGCCCCAAUGAUAAAUACGGUUUUGCCCCGGCUCACAAGCAUUUAUCACGAGGAGUCAAGGUCCUUUUUCACUGCUGCUAGCCACGCAUGGCCAGUAACGAGAUCUUUCCAUAGUCCUCCAACAGCUUACGGGUCUGGUUCAUUGGAUUGAUAUCCCAGGAUCUACAGUGUUUUUAUACUUAAUGUCAGUACUGUUCUUGGAAGGAUUUUGUCACAAAGAAGCUUUUACAUUAGCCCCACUUUAUCCUAGAAGCUAGCAUUGAUUAUCAAAACUUAAUUUCCAUUUCCCCAUAGCUCAAUAUCUUAAAACCUGGGGCACGAGCAAUUGAAUGAUUUUAGUUCUGUUUACUUUCUCUGGUGACAAUUCCAUCCUGCCUUAAAUAGGAAAAUGUCCAAUCCUGGCUAACGUACCACUGUUAUGCAUCUCUUAUCCAAGUCCAGCUAAAUAUUGCUGUCCAUUGUGAAUACGGUAAACAUAAAUGAUUUGAUAAUUUGUUGAAUUACUAAGUAAACAGUAAAAAAGAAAAUGCUCAGGAGUGUGGAUUCCAUACUGACAGCGGGUCACUGUUCCCACCUCACUGUGUAACUGUGCUCACAGACUGCUCUCCCUCCACUCACGACUGAAGAGUUGUACAAAGGCACCAACUCUGCCAAGUGGCGAAGGCGGGAGAGGAGAGUCAGAGACGUCAUUAUCUGGAGGACAAAUGAAUCUUCUGUCCCAACCUCACAAUGGGAUGUAAGGAGCGAUUAUGAGACAUCGUCGGAACUUUCUCUGUACUGUGUGAUCAUACUUUAAAUUUGACCUUGUUUUGUGUAUUUGUUUCUAUAACAUUUUCAGUGUAUCUUUUUCCUUAUGUAAAUGCGAUACUCAAAUAAGAUGGUGAGUGUGGUUUUCUGU